AUCCGUUUCCGGUCCUCCAUUAGACGGCGUUAAAAACAUGGCGCAUAAAGGAGCAUCACAAGGUGUUGUUAUUCCAAGAAACUUUCGACUUCUAGAAGAGUUGGAAAACGGGGAAAAAGGUUCUGGCGAUGGAACAGUAUCAUGGGGACUCUCAUCUGAAAAUGAUGAUACAUUGUCGUCCUGGACCUGUACAAUCAUAGGACCCCCUAAUACCCCAUAUGAAUCAAAAAUCUACACAGUACACAUAACAUGUGAUUUAAAUUAUCCAAGAUGUCCCCCUGUUGUAAAAUUUAAAAGUAAAAUACUUUUAUCUGGUGUAAACAUGGAUGGAGAGGUGGAUGUUAAGACAUUAUUUCCUUGGAAACCCGCUAGCACUAUUCAAUGCAUACUGGUUGCAUUGAGGAAUCGAAUGAAAUUGAAAGAAAAUUCAAGAUGCAAGCAGCCAAACGACGGAGAAUACUAAAUCAGUAGUAUUGACUUCAUUGACCCCCUAGUUUGUCCACCAUUGGUAUUUGGAACUUGAAAGGACUUACAUACUUUUUUCUCACCGCCAGGAACAAGUUGGGACAGAUUGGCGACAAGAAAAUGAGAGACAUCUUAAAAUAAGCAUGGGGUUAUAUAAUUACCACAUUUGUUGUUUUCACACAUCAGGUCUCCAGUAGAAAUGUAAACAAUCCUUUUUGCAAAGCUCAGACUUUUUAUCUCGGACUGAUCAUGUAUAUAUGUUCAUGUUACUUGAGUAUCUUUUGUUUUGUCUUGUUUUGGAAGAAAUGGGGACAAGAAGGCAUUGCCAGUUUAGCAGGUAGUAUAGACUGUAUCAUCACUUGUGCAAGCAAAUCUUCCUGUUUUUUAUCCCCCCCCCCCCCCCUCCUCCUCCCCCCAACUUUGACCUAUAAAAAGUAGUAUAUACAUUGUUUGCUGUGCAUAUUCAAAAGGGAGAUUUUAAGAGAUAACUUGGUUUUAUUAGAAAACUUCAUAUUAUUGUUUGUUUAAUGUAAUUAGGGUUUUCGAAAUAUCAUUCCACUAGAAAUGAUAUAUGAUAAUUUAAUGUGCCAGCUUCAAUUUCUGUACCAAUUUGAGCUGAAUAUAAAUUAGAUGUUAGUUCUAUAUCUGGUAUGUGAGAACAGAGAUUUGGUCAGAAAGAAAAUUGAAAUGCUUUACUGGAAUACGGUUUCUUAUCUUCCCUGUGCUCAUAUGAGUUAUAAAAGUAUGUAAAGAUGAAGGUUGACAAUUUUUUAUUUUUAAGUUCCUGUAUUUGUGAGCAGGUUGUCCAGUAAGUAACACUUAUAUCAGAGGAGGAUUUUUUUUCUUUAAGAACAUGACUAGCCUGGGAUGGGACUCUGACUCACAUAUGUCUGUGUUAUGUAUAACAUUGACUCGCAAAUGUCUGUGUUAUGUAUAACAUUGACUCGCAAAUGUCUGUGUUAUGUAUAACAUUGACUCACUUAUGUCUCUGUUAUGUAUAACAUUGACUCACAUAUGUCUCUGUUAUAUAUAACAUUGACUCACAUAUGUCUCUGUUAUAUAUAACAUUGACUCACAUAUGUCUGUUAUGUAUAACAUUUUAAGAAUUCUUAAUUGUAGUUGCUUCACCUAAUAAUAUUGUAAUAUACAAUCAGGAUAAUACUGAGUUUUUGUACCACACUAUCGAUAUGUAAUAUGUGAAUUAAACUUGUGUCCUUGUACAAGCCAAUGAAAUGAUCUUAUAUACCGGUAAGCUGUGUUGAAGUGAUUUCUUUUCGAUACAAAUCUUAGAAAUGACACUGGUCUAAAAAUGAUAAAUUUCCAGAUUUAGCAGUACAGAUUGAUGCCAAAGUACAUUUUGUAUUUUAUGAAAUGUAAAAACGGGUACAAUGUAUUUAAAUUGUGUGUGCUUUUUCUUGUCUAAAUUAAGUUGGUACUGUAAGUAGAAACGCAAAACUGCUAUCUUACAUUUAAACUAAGAAAUCUUUGCUUAUUUAUCUCUUGUAUCAGUAUCUUCUAAAAAUUUCUGUUUUCCUUAAACAAUAUUUAAUGUUCUCAGUAUACAGCAAAGAUAAUCUUUUUGUAUCUUCAGCAAAUAGAAAAUAUGGAAACAGAUUAUAUGGUAUGAGAAUCUGUGUACCAUUGGAGUCUUUUAAGAAGCUGUAAUACUAUUUCUUGAGAUAGUUGAAAACAUUGCACAUUUGAAUAAAACUGUUGUAUGGAAA